CUUAAGUGACGACAGCGAAUUUUGGUGGUCAAUCCCUGUAUUUCUUUCUCCGUCAUCGACCUUCAAAACACAUCAACACAGCUGAGCCCGACACGUCCACAGGUGGCUUGUCGACUCAAUUGACCUUCAGCAUGGCCUCACUACGAAUUCCUGCCCUUCGCCGGCUUGUAGCCGCUCCCAUACGCACCACCCGAGCUAUCAACCAGCGACGAUGGGCUCAAGUUCACGAUAUUCGCUUCCUCGCGACAACCCAACCUUCGCAAGCCGUCGUCGAGAAGUACAAAGAGAAGCUGAACCAGAAGGCUCAAAAAGAGGGCCUCCAGAGCAUCGACCAGCUCAAGGCAGCUUACGCUGACAAAAUUGAUGCUGAGCGUCGAAAGAGUGGUAUUGAGAUUCCAGUUGGAACAAUUCCUCAAGCACCCGAAACGCCAGUUGUUCAACCUAACGCCGACAACCCCCCUGGACAAGACCAACCAACCAGAGACCCUCGCGAUCCUCCUACCACUCCUCCUCAACAUCCUCCAGCCGGCUCGGAUAAGCCUGCUAUUAAGACUCUAAAUGACAUCAUUGACCUCCCCAAGGCACGGGAGCUUCCAGAGAAGGAGCUUACAGCUAUCUGGCGUCUACGACAUGCCUCAUCUGAGCAGAACCUCUGUGCUGUAAUCCCGAUGUCUACAUACAAGGCCAUGGAGGACGCUGCACGAACAGCACCUCAAUUCGUCCUCCCAGUGCCUCAUCCCUCCCAAGGCGCAGAGAUUCACUUCCUGCAGUGGACCUUUGAUGCCGCGUCCAAGACUAGCACUGUUUUGUUCACCCAGCUUGCUGAAUACAAGAACAGAGGCGAGUUUGCGCAGCCUCAUACUACCAUCACACACCACCUCGACCUUGCCGAUGAGCGAGGUCUGGUUUUGAUGCAGGGUCAGGUCCUGCCUGACCGAGGUGUUACACCAGAGAACGCCAAGUGGCUUCUCAUGUCUCUACAGCGAUUCUACGGUGGUUGGGAUGGUGAGGAAGUCGAGCUGACUGGUGAGCGUAAGGAUAGGGCUGAGGAGCGAAAGAAGCUGCUGAACUGGUUCGCAGCUGGCGAUUCAAGAUUCAGCGUUGAUAAGCUGCUGGAGGAGGCUGAGCGCAUGGGUUAAGUAUGGGGGCAUUCAGUUUCAACCACGAGUUUCGCACCAUGGUUUUGUGUUAUUACAGGCAAAGAGCGCGACAUCCACCUAUGAAAGGCAAUGAAUUGUAGAAUAUACGACUAGUGUACAAGAUAAUUUAAACACCUACCACGUCCUACGAAA